CGCAAACGAUCAACUUUUACGCCGUUUAGUGCUUCGCUCUUUCAGGCUUUAACGUGAAUCGAAAACCCUCCAACUCCUACUAGACCAUGGCCGCCCAACCCAAGCGAAGCAGCGAGAGGCGAUCCGACUCCGGCAUCCUCUCCAAGUUCACUUCCUACGCCAUCGUUUCCCGAGGUAAGCUGGCCGCGAACGACGUCGCUUUCGUCUCGAAGAAACUCCUUUGCAGCACCGGCAAAGCCGCCUGGAUCGCUGGGACAACCUUCUUGAUCUUAUUUGUCCCUUUGAUCAUCGAAAUGGACCGCGAGCAGCAGUUCAAUGAGCUCGAGCUCCAGCAAGCUAGUCUCCUCGGUGCCCCGCCCACUGGACCCGCCCAUAAGUAAAUUGGUCGAGUUGUAUCAGGUCAGAGCAUUGGUGUUUAUCAAUUUUGUGCCUGUUUAAGGUUAUUAUUCCGGAGAUUAUUACAGUAAAACCCUUCUGAUUUGUUUGCUUUUAAUUUUAAAUAAGAUUAUACUUUUUUUCGGU